CUCACCCCCACAGUAGGCGACGAGGAGAGGACAGAGCGAGCAGCUGGUGUGGACGCUGGCCGGAUGGUUAAAUCUAACCUACAGACGAUUUUGAAUAGUCAUUGUUUUGUUAGAGAAAAAGAGAGAAACUUAUCCGAGAUGCCUGUUAUUGAGCAGUCCAGUAAUAAACCUGAAAGCGAGAGUAUCUCCAGUCCCAGGAGGUGCUCCCACUGUUGCAGUAACCCGUGUCCGGGGCCUCUGUGGUGCUCCGAUGCCCCUCUCCCACCCCUGAAGAUCCCAGGUGGGCGAGGGAAUGACCAGCGGGAUCGCAAUCUUUCAGCUAAGCUAUUCUACUCUGAUGCUCAGUUGCUGGUUCUUGAGGAGCCUUCAGCUGCCAACAGCAGAGUGCGUUUCUUGCUCUUUGAGCCCCGUCGCUCUGAAGGAAAGCACUGUGUCUGGAGGGCAGCACUGAAAGGGGGGAACCUUUACGUUGAAAUCCCUCCUGGAGCUUUGCCCGAGGGCAGCAAAGACAGUUUUGCCCUUCUUCUGGAAUUUGCAGAAGAGCAGCUGCAGGUUGAUCAUGUGUUCAUCUGUUUUCACAAGAACCGUGACGAUAGAGCAUCCCUGCUGCGUACAUUCAGUUUCCUGGGCUUUGAGAUUGUGAGACCGGGUCAUCCCCUUGUCCCCUCCCGCCCUGACGCUUUCUUCAUGGCUUACAGCAUCGAGCGAGACUCCUCUGAUGACGAUUAAAUGACGCUGAGCAGUUACAAAUGUUUGUUGUUCUUAUUUCGAUCCAUACCCACACAUCUUUAUAAUUUUUGGAAAUGAAUAUAUUAUCCAAGUUCAGUAUGGUUGAGGUUUCCUGUCAGGUUCCUUUUUGUUUUUACCUUUACCUACCAUGUGCUGUGUUUCAAUGAUAUUUGCACUAGGGUAAGAUGUUAAUAUACCAGGAAUGUAAAGCAAGCGCCCACAUAAUAUCCGGGCAUUGUGUCCUCACCACUGUAUUAGCCUUCAUGAUGUGUAGUGCUGACUUCCUAUUCAACCCCCACCCCCUGAACUCCUUGAUGAUCAUCUCCACAGUGUAAUAUUUAUGAUAAAUUUAAAUUCAUCUUACUCAUGUAAGUAGAUAUGUCUUCAUGGUAAUUAUCAGUUGAUUCUCCUGUUUAUAUUGAUUUUUUUUUUUUUUUUUUUUUUUUUUUUUUUUUUAAUGUGUGCAUGAUUUUCAUUUGUUGCUUUGAUUCACUUGAUAAAAAUCUGCAUGUUGUAACUGUACUAAAUAAAAGUGCUCACCUUAGACAGUGGCAUCUGUGGUCUUGUGAAGUCAUGUAGACAUGCAGCCUGUAAGAGUUAUACUCUGUAUGCUUCGAAGGAUCUAGGCCAGGCUGUGUCGUCUGACCACAUGUUAAGAAGUGUUUACACCUGUUACAAAAGGUUGCACUCAUUUAAAAUGCUAAUUUAAUUCUGCUGUUGGAAAGGGGUUUUCAGAUGCUAUCAGUUGGUCUGACAAUCACCUCCUUUUAAGAAUACUGAGGCCUUUAGUGCUCUGUUAUUGUAGUGAUCAUAUUGAUUUAUUAGAAAUAAUCAUACAGUUAAGUGUGGACAAGCAAGAGAACUGUAGCAAAGAAUUUGAUUGGCAAGAGACUUGAAGCCCUUUUAAGUAUUUCUCUAACUAUCAUAAUGAUUUUUCAAGUAUUUGUGUGUAUAGUAGCAACAAUCAAAGUUAAAAAAUGUAUUAAGAUAUUAUUUAUCAAAAGUUCCUGCUUCAAAUCAGUGAAAGUGGAACAGAGAAAAAUGUAACUGCAGAAAUUUCUUUUGAAAUAAACACUGAACUGGCUGACAAUA